AUGUCUAGCCGGGCCUGCCGGGCGUUUCUCCGCUGUUAUGUGCCUGUUUGCUGCCGGACGCGUCGCUGCUUUCCUUCCUUCUGGACCGCGCGGUUCCGCUCCCCACUUCUUCGUUUGCCGCCAUUCCUUCCGCGCUUUUCUUCGCCCUCCUCGCUCCCUCCGCCGCGCCUCUCCUCCUUCUCGCCUCCCGCGGUACCUCUGUUUCUCCGUUUCCACCUAGGCGUUUCGCUGCGCGUGCUGGGCGAGCGGCGACGCAAUUUGCUGCACGUGCUCUGCGCGCAGAACCCCGUGCGGCACUUCGAAGACGUCGCGCUGCAGCUGCUGGCCAAAGGCGUCGAAAUUGACGCGGCAGACGAAGACGGAAACACUCCGCUGCACCUCGCGGUGCUCUACGCCAACCCCGCGAUGAUUCGCUUCCUGGUGACCCGCGGGGCGGCGCUGGAUCGCGCCAAUACCGCGGGAAAAACACCCGUGCAGCUAGCGACCGAGCUGAAUAUCAGCGAGGCGGUCGACGCGUUCACGGCGUGUGCGCGCGUGCCGCUGCCUCCCGCGGUUCCGCAAGUGUUUUUGUGUUCCGAGAAGCGAUUGGUGGUGCGGUGGAAGCGGCCAAUCAGCGGCGAGGGCGUUCCGGAAGCGACGUUUUUCGAGGCGGAAGCGACGGAUUUGGGGAGCGGAGAGAAGCGAAGUCUGGGGAAUCAGUGGAGUGGAGAGUGUAGGAGAAGAAGAAGGAGAGAGGUGAUGGGUAGCGCUGACGAUCGAAAACCCGAUCAGUGA